AUGAAUCUAAAUGAAUUUAUAGAUCUACAACGGGGUCCGCGUAUGAACUUGAUUCAGUGGCUACAACGGCGGUCUCUGUUGGCCGAUACGCUUCGGUGUGCUCAAUGUAACGAGGACAUGGUACUGAUACAGAGGAACGGCAAUCAUGUUGAUGGGUACCUUUGGCGCUGCAGCGGCUGUAAAAAGAAAAGAAGCUUGCGUACCAACAGUUUUUUCGAAGAGUUUCCCCGCGUGCCGCUGGGUACGCUGCUCCUUACAAUCUACCAUUUUGUCUCUGAAGAUUCCCAGCGACAAACAGCGCGGAGAUUAAACCUCAACCCAGGCCUGGUCUCAAAAAUAUACCGACGGCUGCAAGAUGUGUGUUCAAGAGAUCUGGACGAGAGGCCGUUCACACCAUUUGGAGGACCAGGAGCCGCCGUUAAGUGUGACGAAAGCAAGUUUAAUCACAAGGCUAAGUUCAACCGAGGAAGAAGAGCAGCCAGAGACGCGUGGGUAUUUGGUAUAGUCACUACCGAGUUUAGUCCAGCACGGGGUUACUUCCAGGUUGUAGAGAGACGGGAUAUCGCGACACUUGACCCCAUAAUCUCGAAGUGUAUCCGACCAGGAACAGAAGUCUACACCGAUGACUGGGCUUCAUACAGAGGCAUGGAACACCGUAUAAAUAACGUCGCCGUGCACCGAAUCGUCGUGCAUGCUCGACACUUUGUUGAUCCUGUUACUGGUGUCCACACACAGGAGGUAGAGUCCUGCUGGAAUAAUCUUAAGUUAGGGCAAAAAAUACGAAGAGGUAUGAAAAAAGAAGAUCUUCAAUCAUACCUCGACGAACAGAUGUGGCGUCAAUGGAGAGGGGGGCCUUACAGGCAAAUUAUGCAAAAUUUUCUGGCAAUGUUGCCCUCUCUGUAUGCAGUUACCAACCCAGCACUUUAAUUUGUUCGUUUUAAGGCCACGGGAAUCACUUGGCCUUGAAUAAAUUCGCAAGCUAACAUU